AUACCCACUUGUAUGAUAGCCCAAAUACAAAACAAUCCACAGAGUCUUUGUUCGGUCUAGUUUGGUGUUGAUGGCUGACAGCAAACAGAAGUUCAUAAACCUUUAGAAGAAAUUACUGUAAUUGGGUGGCACAAAGAUAUCUGCAAUGCUUCUUUUUUCUUCUAAUGACUCACAAUGCUAUUUUCUGUAGGUUUUACAGUCACGUGUAGGAAGGAGAGGAAGGAUGAACAACCUUCAGGUUGGCCAAACUAUCUCCUACCACAUAUAAUAAAAUCUCAGAUUAUCACACACUUUAGUGAAGGAAUUUGCACUCUUUUUGUGUGUUCUUGCUAGUUCCAAAAACUGUGACCUAGACUUUGGACUUUGGAAACAAAUUACUCUAUAGUCAUGAAGAGAUUUGUCUUCGUCCACAUUCCACUUGGGAAGCUUGUGAGAGGAGUGUUCAAUGUGUGCGCUUUGAAUUUCCUGUUUUGUCUUGAGAAGUGUGCUCGAGGUUGACUGGGGAUAAAGUUUUACUUGAUAAUUUUGUCAAGACAGAAACUGAAAAGGUUGUUUUUCUCUACAGCCAUGCUGCUGUUCCUGGGCUGUCUGCUCACCCUUUCCAGUGGCGCUCUGUGUCUGGACCAACUCAACAUGUGCAUGAAUGCAAAACAUCACAAAGUGGAGCCUGGCCCUGAGGGAGAACUGUAUCAUCAGUGUGCUCCCUGGCGUGAGAAUGCAUGUUGCACUGCUAACACCAGCGAAGAGGCCCACAAUGAUAACUCUUACCUGUAUUAUUUCAACUGGAACCACUGCGGUGCAAUGAGUCCCAAGUGCAAGAAACAUUUCAUCCAGGACACUUGCUUCUAUGAGUGUUCCCCACACUUAGGACCAUGGAUACAAUCGGCAGAUGAGAACUGGAGAAAGGAGCGGAUCUUGAACGUGCCUCUUUGUAAAGAGGAUUGUGAACAGUGGUGGGAAGACUGCAAGAAUGAUUUUACUUGCAAGACAAAUUGGCACAAGGGAUGGGACUGGAGCUCUGGUACCAACAAGUGUCCUGCAGACAGCCAAUGCAGAAAAUGGACUGAUGCCUUUGCAACACCCAAAUCCAUGUGUGAACAAAUUUGGUCCAACUCUUACCUUUACACCACCUAUACCAAAGACUCUGGUCGCUGCAUGCAGCUUUGGUUCACAGGACCCAACCCCAACAAGAAGGUGGCCGAGUACUACCUCAACACCGCUCAGCGGGGCCAAAGUUUUCCUGUAACAACGCUACUCUUCCUGACUGCCACGUCUUUCUUUGUAACCAUCUUCUAGCAUGAUCCCAUUGCCAUAUCUUUCAUCACAAUGGAUUCAGUAAUUAAAGUGUUUUCAA